UUGUAUAUAUCCCCAAAAAUAGGAUGCACUCAAUGACUUAGUUACUUAGUACUUAUAUUACUCAGCAGGUACCCAUAUACGUAUCUUUGAAUUCUGUUUGUGGUACACGAAACUAGACUGUUGGAUCAUACAUUUUUUAACUCUUGUAUGUGAACUUUGAACAACUUGACUUUUUCAUGUACACUGUUCUGGCGGACAUACGGUAUGUAAAAAUUAAGUGCGAUAAUUUUCAUACCUCAUAAUACAGAUUGAUAGUAUUUAAGGUAUCUAAAUAACUCGAUUGAAGAAAAUGGGUUGCGAGGAAAAGAAUUUCGCUGUGUCGGCCGGAGGAUACUGUUUCUUUUUUUUCUACAUAGUUGGAGGUUGCGGCAUUCAGUUGGCUUAUGUUUUAUUGAGAGAGUAAGUUGUUCGCCGCAGGUGCAACAUGAAGGAGGUUCCUCCCGUGACAUCAGGUGACCGUGAGUUAUAGAUGUAUGUCUGUGUCAGUUUAUAUAAUUGUCUCUUGGUCUUCUGGUGAAAUCUUUAGGGUGGGAGAGGGGCAUGGUAUGAUUGACCUUUCGGUUUCGAUUAAAUACUGCUGUUCAUACUUUCCGCGAUUUUAAACCGUAUAUAACAAUUAAUAGAAACAUAACAGUAAAUAAAAUAGUAAACCUAUAAAUAUACUAUUACAAAAUGCACUUGCACGCAUGUGAAAAUAAGAGAGAUAAGAGUCCAGACGUCAAAUCGUCAGAGAACAUUUUGACAAAAUUGUACAAAAAAAAUUAUAACGCCGAUAAGAGCUGUGUAAAAUGAUUUUCCUCCAGUCUCUGGUUUGAGUAUGGAAUAUUGUUCGUUGAACAAGUUUUAAAUUACACGCUACGUACGCCCAAUUAACGGUUGCCGUGAUCAUGUGAGAUUUAAUCAACCACUCGUGCAUUUCGUUCGAGCGAUGGUGUUACGCAAUAAUGUUAUUGGCCCGGCGCGGAUCGGUGGCGUUCAGGAUCAGGAUGUGAAUUGAAUAUUUUCGCUUCUUAUAUUUCCCCCCUCCCUUUAUUUUUUCGCGUCUUGCGUUAUCGCCGUUUGUUCGCGAUGAUUGAUGAUUAGAAGUGCAAAUUGAUUUUUCGUAUUUUUGCCAAAUAAGAAAAGCAUAGUACCAUCAAUAUAAUAUUUUUGUAUAGUGCUCUUUUCAAAGUAUUCGUAUUAUUUUUCAUCAUAACUGCAUAGACAUCAUUUCCCUGUCGCUUUUCGAAUAAUAUACUUUACAUACUUGAGUUUCAUAAAUAAUACCCGAGCAGACAUUAAAUAUUUCCUUGUCAAAUACACUUUAUCAAAACUGAACCACAAAUAUCAUAAAAUUUGAAUGAAUAAUAAAGAUGAAAAAAAACUCAUACCCGUAAUAUAUUAUUAUUAUUUUUAUUUAUAUUUUUUGAAAUUGAGAAUUUUAAAUUUCGAAUGCUCUGUGUAUUAUUACUUGGACACGUAAUAAAUUACAUACAUAUAUAGCUAUUAUCUCCCGCGAUCUCAUUUUUUAUAUACAUUUUGUUAGUUUCAAACCAUCAUCUCUUAUGAAUUUUAUAUGAGGUUUACAUAAAUAAUUAAUUCAACGAUAAUACUGCUACUAGUCUGUGUCAAACGACUUGCUCGCGUGGAAAGAAUUUACAUAUGAAUAAUGAAUGGAUUUACAACCAAAUUUCGUAAUGCAUUCAUUUUCAUAAUAGUUUUAAACUUGUAUACAUUUUUUUUCCCAUAAAAUUACACGAAUUUCACUAAAUUAAUUUACUAAUUUAAAUCUCCAAAAACUAAUAAUAAAAAACCCAAGUACGAAACAUGCUGCAGUGUAUUAUUAUAAUAAUAUUGUAGAUCGUUCGAAAUGUCACCGAACAUAUUUCAUUUGUAUAACUCGUUCCCGCCAGCAAUUACGGAAUUCUUUCUGUAAUGACGUAUAAUGGGAACUUGUGUGAAAAUUGAACUAUGCUAAAUACCAUAUUUCAAGCGUACCAAAUAUUUCGAAACAACUAACGGGUUAGCGAUUUCAGUGCAAACGACAGCAAGGGGUAGAGGAAAAAGUUAUUAUUGUGUUUUUCGAGCCAUGAAUUAUAUUAUAAAGUCGUUAUUUUUCUAAAACACAAAAUUCAUAUUACACAUUCCUCGUCCGUUCGCCGGUCGUCGGUGUCGGCGGUGUUGGUGGUGGUGGUGGCGGUGGUGGUAUGGCGAGGGGAGGGUGGAUAUGGGAAAGAACAUAAAUCUGUUUUAUGGGCACUGUUUUACUCACCCCUGCCGCCCGUUUUUUUAACAACCCCUGUACAGUUACGUUUGCUUCAGUGGCCGGAGAGAGCUUUUUCCAUUAUUUUUAUUGUUGUUAUUUUAUUACCGUUUUUCGGUUCGUAACGUCACAUAAUCUAAACGAACCUUUUCGAUUAAUAAUCACCACUCUAGUGUUUUAUUUUAAACAUUAAAUUAAGUUUGAACAAACGCGGUUGCCAAUGUUUUUUUUUCUCGAAAAUCGUAAUAAAUUAGUCGCGGAAAUGUUUUGGUGUCGUGAAAACGACGAUAUCGUCACUGCAAUGGGUUAUGUAUUUAUAAUUUAUAUUAUAUUAUACAUGUGUUUGUUAUUAUUUACACGUAAAGAGUUAGUUAAUUGUACGAAAUUGUGUGUUCAUAGUAGAAUUCAUUAUUAUACGAUAGCAAAUUAAUUACACUUUAAAUAGGUCAAUGAAAUACACAUACAUACAAACACAAUUUAUUUAGAUUCAUAAAGUCUGUCGGGCAGUUUUAAUUGAAAACUAGGCUACGAAUAAAACCUUUUAGUGAGAAGUAUAUGUAUACGUGGCGAAAAUCAUUUUGUACUGUGUUCUGUUUUAUUUUUUAUUACUUAACUAAUUAACGAUUGUAUUUUUACGUUUUAGAGGUUUUUAUUGUGUUAUCAAAAAACUAAUACAAAGUUGUAUAAAAUUCUCCAUACGACCCUGUCUGAAUUCACAGUACAUUUGAGCACAAGGUCAAACGCCUUAGUCAUAAUCGUUAUACUUAUUGUAACGAAAUAUGCAUGUGUAAUUUACAUGGAAAACAUCCAAUGAUUUGUGAGGAUUAUAGCAAUGUUAGGAAGACAUAACAAGUUAUCAUUUUCAACAACGUAGAUAUUAUAUUGUACUCCCUGCAAACCAAAUCAAAAAUCUAUAAUUUUCGAUGAUUUUACCCAUUACAUAAAAACUUUGUCGAUUGGUUUUGGCUCGGCAUUUUCAUUAUUCGUAUGUAUGUAUAUUUUUUUUUGUUAUCAUGAACCAUGUUACACCUCAAAGCAUAUUUUUGUAGUGACCGGAUACAAAAAAAAAUAUUAAAUAAAUAAAAAACUGUAUCGAAAACAUUUAACUUUAGGAUUUUUGUAUUUUUUCAUCGACAAUAUCGAUCGGUAAGAUAUUACGGAAACGGGAAAACUAUACGUAAUGGUAUGCCUAAUACCUUUGUCUCAUCCGAGUCGGAUUCGGUUACACGGUUUAGUCACAGUUUUGUCUUGUUGGAAAGAGGAAAAAACAGACUGAAAAAAUGUAUUAUAUUCCAUUUCUAAUGUUAUUUUGUAGUCAUGUUAAAAAAAAAAAUUAUAUUUUCCUUUUAUUUCCAGAGCAGUCACAUUCUACAUUGCGAUUGUGACUAAUUUACGUUUCAACGAUCAUGGAUGAGAAAAUAAUUAUGCAACCAAAGAAGUCAAAACUAUCGGAAAGGGGUGACGUAACGGGAAAUAAAAUACAUUUUCUGCACCAAUGUCGCAAGAUUACGUCAUCUCCAAUUAUAUGCAAUAUGUGCUAAAAAUGUUUGACGAGAUAUAAUAAUAUCCUAAAAUCAUGCCAUCAGACUUCAUAAAAUAUCUUAAGUUAAUUUAUCACUAGCAGAAAUGUAUAACGCUGGUAGUUCACAAGAUUUUAACAAAAAUGUUACACAUCUAGCCAUUUGAUAUUCAUAAGUAUCCGCACAUACAUCAUUUGAUAUGCAAAAAUAACCAAUAUAAUAACGGUCGUGGUAAUUACCCCUUUCGAAAUAGUAUAUAUAACCGUACGUACAACGUAUACCACGGCCGUCGAAUUUAUACCGCGGUCGAAGUAACCGCCGACCACACGGUUUACGGAAUUACGCUAUUGAGUAACCACGAUAUUGGUCGACUUCGUUGACCAGUCAUAGACAGCGUAGCCACCGACUAAUUUUAUUUGUUCCAAGUCCGUCUUCCGAUUAUCGAAGAUGAGUCUCGUCCAGACCUCUGUUUUCUCAUCAUCGUUUGCGAGUGCUUAUAAAGAGUUGGCCAUCGAGACGACAUUCCGGCGAAACGAGUCUUGGCGAGCCUCGUCACUUUCGUCCGACGUAAUGCGCAAAGGUCAAGGUCGUGCUGAGACGCACAUCAGUCAUCCACGUACUAUUCACAGGAUCCUCGUAUCAUAGUGUACAACCGUUAUUUAAAACUGUUUAUGUAGCCACACAUAAAGCAGUGUAUAUACUAUAUAAUUAUAUAUAUAUAUGUUUGCAUAAAAUCCGUAUAAAAUAUUCGUGUGAUAACAGCAGCAGUAUAGGCUAAAAAAGAUGAUGCAACGGGCCACGUAAAUUUUAGAUACAUAUCUAAACACUAUGAUGUAUAGACUAUGCUGAUGUAAUAAAUAUAUAUUGCGUAGGUAUGCAGUUUAACAUUUUAGAGACAAAACGCAUAUUUGUAUGUUGAAUUUUAGAAAUAACGAAUUAGUCUUCUAUUAUAGUGAUAGUAUUUGGUCGAUACUAAAAAUGUCACUGAUUGAAUAUUUAAAUAUAAAAUAAAAUAAAAACAUUAUUAUAAUUUAACAGGCUUCGUAUGCAAUUUUAUACAUAACUCGCUAAAUAUUCUUCUCUUUUACGUACACUCAAUAAAAAUAAAUAUAAGAAAAAAAAUCGAAAAGACAUUUUAUUAGAUUUCAAAGCGAAAUUAUUAUCUCAUCCACGCACGUUUAAAAUGCAUUUCCCAUUCGAAGGUAACUUGUUUAAUGUUCAAUUUCCUUUAACAGAGUAUUCACCAAACAAACUCUAUUUUCCGAGAAAACCAUUAGGUUUGUGCCUACAUAUAAAAUGGUCGAAUGCGUAUAUUUAUUAAAUCCAAUAUAUAGUAAGGCAAUUGUUUCCUUUUUUUAAAUAAAUGUAAUAUCAUAAUGACUUAUAGUACAUAUUACGUAGUGCGAUUAAACGUAGUAUAAUAUUUCUGAUUAUAUUGACAUUGCGAGUUGUUUUGCAGGCCGAAACAGUAGUAAUAGAAUGCAAAUAAUAAUAAUGUAAUCUCUCGUCCAGGACCCUUGUUGUUAUUGAGAUAACCUUCUCAGACAAAUAUAAUAUAAAUACCUAAUAUACUUCUGUGAUUUAAAUAUUUUAAUUUCUAUGUAAUCAUAUCACAUUCCAGUAUAGUUUUGCAUACAGUCUCAAGUCCUGUAUCCUCAGCGGACAGUCGUGGUUGGAUAGAAAACAAAUAAUGCCAUGACAUUGUCUCGUGCGAAUCGUCCAUUAUGUCAUGGAUGAUAGAAGGUAACGGAUACCGAUGAGAAAUCCAAUACCACAGUAACAAGACCGUAGUCAAUAUAAUCAUCGCACUUUUUUUUUUUUUUUUAGAUUAUAACAAUAAUGACAUUAUCGUUUAACCUUUAAUCGGUUGUAUCAAUGCUAUGCUCAAGUCGGGGCAGAUCCAAUGUUUACCAGCGGCUGCAGUUGCGGUUGUGGCGCGUCGUCGGUGCAGUGUGGCGGCGUGCAGUGGCCGGUCCGACGAUAAAACGUCAUCAUAAUAAUAUGAUAUUGUAAUAAUAUGUUUAGUGAACUUUCUCCUCGGCUAUCGCCUACGCGACACGACGACGGCGGCGAGUCCUUGACUCUGCGUGUUCCAUUUCCAUUUAAUAUUAUAACAUAAUAAUAUCAUCCGCAUUGUGUGUAGACGCAUGCACCGCGAUACACGAUGAUGCGAUGAUAAUGUUAUGCAUAAUAAUAUGCACCUCUCUUGACCGAGUAAUACACAUGCGGCGGCAGACGUCUAGACGCGGUACAUAUAGUACGUAAAGCGUUGUGUACACGUUUGUGUAAACAUCGGAAACAAUAUCGAUAGUAAUUUUUUGCCGCGACCAUACACCGGAAAUAUACUACAGUAAUAAUAAGCUCAUAUAUAGGCACAGUAAUAAUAUUAUUGUUUGAUAAUUGUUGUGUUCGGGUUCAUAGAAACGACGAAAACGAUUCGAAUUUCCCUUCGCUGCGUCCGUUUACAGGUUAUAUCAUAUCAUUCUCUUCGCGUUUCUGUCGGAAGCGGACAAUACGUAUACCAUAAGAUGAUCGCGUACAAUAUAUAUAGUUUUAUCGCGCGCCCGUAAUAUACGUGUUUUAAACGCCACGCAGAUAUCUAAAACUGGAUCUGAACUUUCUGUUAUCUUUCCAAAAGCCCGAGAGAGCUUAACGGGAUUAAGACGGUUAUGUGUUUGUUUGCCAGUUGUGCUUGCGCCAUCCAUGCACGCGAUUUAUAUACAUACACAUACGUAUACAUUAUUCGAGCGUGUGUACACGGCAAUGUUUGUCCGUGUGUGUGAAACAAGCAUAAUCGGAGUAAACAUUUAUAAUGAGAUAAACCGGGCGAGAGGACGCGAAAACUUUUGGGCCCUUUGACAAGAAGAACGGAAUUUAUGACAUAAUUAAUGUUGGCCGUUUCACAUACCUAUACCUACCUAUAGUGUAAAGACGUCGGGCUCGCCGCAGAAAUCGCCGUGCCUCAUUGCGUCUGGAAAAUAAUAUUAAAUGUAUCACGCGUCACCGUGGCAAUAAUAAUAAUGAUGAUAUUUCGUUUUAGCUGCGUAAGGUUUGCCAAGAUCGGCCGUCGACGCGUAAUAAAACGGCAUUAUUAUCAUUCGUAUAGUAUCUUAUCGUUUUGAAAAUUGGUACCGAGAUCGUAUAUGGGGUCGUUUCCAAAGAUGAGCGCCGAAGAAAACUCGGUCCCACAGAGGUUUCUACAGUUCUAUUAUUCGAUUUUAGGUAGGUGUGUACUGCAGUAUAAACCAGGUCGGAUGUACGUUUAAAAUCUAUCCAUAUUAUUGAAAAAUUCGUUUGAUCAAAUGACGUGUAAAUAUUAUGUAUAAUACAAGUUUCUGCGUGUAUCCCAAGCAUUUGAGUCUUGUUUAGCAACUGGAAUGAAAUGUGAAAAUAAUUGUAGAUAUCAUUCUGCCGAGUACCUGUACCGGACUCGAAACACCCUCAGAAGGAGAUACGUAAGGACGAAAUCCUCGUUAAUUAACCCGACUAUAAUGUGUUUGCAGCUGGUCUGAGCGGCGUGGUGAUCGGCACUGCGUUUGCAUGGAACUCGGCGGCCGCGAGACUGACGCGAACGUCCGGAAACGAUUACGCAGUGAACCUCGAGAUGACCGACUCCGGUUGGUACUUGAACGCGGUCGCGUGCUACUUCCUGGGGACCACAGCCGGUGCACUGGUCUUGGGUCCGGUGACUAGGAAUAUCGGCUACCGAUGGUCGGUGGUCGGGUGCGACAUGGUCGUGUUGGUCGGCUGGCUGUUGAUGUCACAGGUGAACUUGGUGCCCGUCUGGGCCAUCCGGCUCGGGCACGGCAUCGGUACUGGAGGCCUGGGGUUGCUGACACCCUCGUACAUCGCGCACAUCACUGACUUCAGCAUGCGGGGUGAGAACUUAUGCCGAAAUUACUCAUCGGGUUUGGUCGGUUGAGAUAUGGGCAUGACGUGAAAUUCCAUAAGUGUAAUCAUUAUGACAUUUCCGAAAUGUAAUUAUGGUAUACUAAUAGAAUAUUAUACACAUUACACAUGCACAUUUUCCGCAUGCACGAUAAGUAUAAAUAUUAAAGACAAAUCUAUAAGUCAGGGGAAUUUUUUUUAGUCAUUGCCCUAUAUAUGAACCAAAAAUUUUUUUUGAAUUUCUUGAAUGCGCCAUCCACACUAUUCGUCCCGAAAUUCGUUAUUAUUUAAUAGUGUGUCGUGUGUAUACCGCGAGUAUUAUACAUGACAAUUUUGUGUUUGACCUAGGUCGGGCACUGGUCUUUCAUCACGCGUUCGUGUGUUUCGGAGUGUUCUACGCGCACUCGCUCAGCGCCAUCGUCACAAACGCCCAGUUGACGGGCUUGUGCAUGGUGUGGCCCGCCUUGCACAUAUUCAUCUCGGUUUUCAUGCCCGAAUCGCCUUUGUACGCGUACAAAUGCUACGGUGACUCCGAGUACGUGAAAACGGCUAUGCGUCGAGUCAGAGGCCCCGACUACGACGUGGACUCGGACCUGAUGGCUCUCGAGAGAUACGUGUUCGAGUUCGAUUGCAUGAUCGGCGACCACAGAAACCGCCUGCUCCGCAAGAUCGUCGAAAUUGGCUUGACACUCGUGGUGUUGCAGCAGACGUGCGGCGCGAGCGCGACGAUCUUUCACGCAAAAUCGGUUAUCGGAGGAUUUGGUCUGACCACAGAAGUGGCGGGCUACAGCGACGAACGCGUGUACUCCAACACGCAAAUAAUCGUUACGAUAGUAUCCGCUGUUCAGGUCUUGUUGUGCCUCGCCACAGUUGAGCUGGUUGAGUUUUUGGGCCGUAAGUUCAUGUUAAUUGCGUCGGCCAUUGCUAUGGGCACGUGUCUGGCGUUGCUGAUGCUAUACCAAUCAAUCUAUCCAACCACAGACAUCUGCACUUCUCCAAUCGAUUCGAACGAGUGGCACAAAUACGUGCCCAUCAUACUGGUGUGCAUGUACCUGUGCUCAUAUUCAAUUGGAUGGGGACCUGUCGUCCCGCUGGUCUAUGCGGAAGUGGUUUAUUUCGACAAAUGGUUUUCGAGUUUGAUUUACGCCAGUGGCCAGUUUGUCUUGUUCCUGGUGGCUUACACAUUUUUUGACGCCAACGCUCUGUUGAGCUUCAACAAGUACGUUCUGUGCACGUAUAUCACUUCGUGUGCCAUCAGUAUAGUGUACGUUUAUUUCUGCAUGCCGGAGACUCGAGCGUUGCCCCUGGACCGGGUGCUGGAACGUCAUAUGACAGACAAUAAUUGUGUCGACACCGGAAAUUAAUGAUUAUAUUAUUAUUGUUUAGUUAUAAUAUUUUAUUACAUUAUUGUACUGCUGUAAUCGUGUACGUUGUUUAUUCGUUGUUUACCAUUUAACUGUAUAUCAUUAUUGUUUUCUGUCAAAAAAUACACAACAUCGCCGUCCACCAUAACAUAAUACAUAGAGUUUUGUGUAAGUGAACAGUGACAAAUGUUUGAUUUGUGUGUGCGUCUUGUCACCUCUAUUGCAAGUUGCAACAUCGGCUUGUUACCGCCGCCGGUCAAACGGGGUUGAAACGGUUGAAACCUAUGUGUAUAUAGGGGCGGGUGCCAAAUCCCCGUAGAUUCUCUCUCGUUCUGUCGGCCGGAUGGAUCUCAUUCGUCACGUAAUGUCUCCUCAUCAUCCCUCCCUUCUCACCUCGAGCCCUUCCUAAGCCGCACGUGGCAAUAGCUCUCGACAACCCGUUUUAACCAUUUCGCUGAUGAGUAAUAGUUUAAACGCUUACCACAUGACCGACGGAUACUGAUGAGUAAUGACACCUCGGCGUGUCAAUCAAAAAUCGUUUUCUGGUACACGGUGAAAUUCAAAUACCUGAACGAGACGAGUGAAGUAGUAUGUAAUAUCGUUACGUGUGAUUUACGUCAUCGUCGUCGUUGUUAUUAUCUCUAUUAUUAUUGGUAUACGGUUGUAUGCUGGGUAACAAUAAUGUUCAGUCCAAAAUGGAGGCCUAUUUCACUUUAUGUUGCUUUGUAUAAAAUAGUAUACUGUGCUCCGAAUUAUUUAUUUACACGUUUAUCUACAACAUAAACCGCCCAAAGCCCAAUAUUUUUAUAGUUUACAUUAUAAACGCGACACCACAGAUUCCAGUAGCGGCUGUACGUAUAGCUGCUGUACUAACGGCUCACCGCCGUUUGCAGGAGAAUAAAAAAAAA